AAAAAACACUGAUCAAGAACAGGUGUAAAGUCACAGAGGAACCAAUCCUAUAUUCAGAAAAGUCAUAUCAGGUCAAAGAUGGACAACCAGACAUUCCAGUACAGCAUACUAUUAGUGGAGGGACUGCAAGUUACAUCUCAAUCAACCCUUCCUACAUUUAUUCUUCUUUUGAUAGUUUAUGUUUUUAUAAUGGUAUCUAACAUUGGGAUGAUGAUUCAGAUUUCAGCAGACAAAUGUUUACACCAGCCUAUGUAUGUUCUUUUCUGUAACUUGACACUCAAUGAUGUUUUAGGGACAACUGUCUUUAUGCCGCAUGUACUGAAGAACUUAUUGAAAGACCCAUCUAAGUGCUAUAUCACAUUUGUGGAGUGCGCUAUUCAAGCUUAUUUUACACAUUUGAACGGUACAGCAUCUCACACUGUGAUAAUGAUUAUGGCCUUUGACAGAUAUGUGGCAAUAUGCAAUCCACUGCGAUACCCAGCUAUAAUGACCAGUAAUAUGGUGGUUAAACUUUCGAUAGCAGCCUGGGGUGUUGCAGCUGUGCUGGUGGGAAUAUUGAUCGGCCUCAGUGUGCGUCUAUCCCACUGCAGAUCUGUGAUUCAAGGCAACGUUUGUGAUAAUGCCUCAUUAUUCAAACUAUCCUGUGAAAAUACAGUGGUUAAUAAUGUAUAUGGAUUGACUUUUACUGUUGUUUUGUUUACCUCUUCAAUAGUGUGUGUUGCAUUGACAUACCUCAAAAUAGCAAUGGUAUGCUUUAAAAGUAAAAACAAAGCAACAAACAGCAAAGCUGUAAAGACCUGCAGCACUCACUUGACUGUUUAUAUAAUCAUGCUGAUUUCUGGAUCUGUUACAAUUUUCCUUCAUCGUUUUGUUACAUACGCUGAAACUAGGAAAUUAGCUGGUAUAAUAUUUCAUGUUAUUCCACCAGGCUUGAAUCCAAUCAUAUAUGGUAUUCAGUCCAAGGAAAUAAGACAAAAGAUUCUUAAACUAUUUAGAAAUCAAGUAAAUGCAAAGUGAUUUUAAUAUAUUUGCAUGUUUAUGGUAGAUCUCUGUAAUUACACUUUCUGUGAUUACUAAUCAGUUUAUAUUUAUGCAGUAAAUAUACUGAAAUGUACUAUAGUUAGUAUUGCAUAUACAGUGUAAAUUUCUAAUAUUACUUCAGUAAAAUAAUUAAGUUGCCUCCUAUUUAUCAAUGUAUUUGCACAUUUAUUUAAUUUUGUUUGUUUAUUUAAAAAGGAGAAUAGUGUCACAAGUAAGACCACUUUUUAAGAUCACUAUUAAAUGUGCAAUUAACACUAUAAUAGUGUAUGCCUCUGUUUAAAUAUAAGAGCAUGUACAACUUUUUGUAACAACAAUGUUAAAGCGUUCUCUGCUUCCAAUUAUUUUUACUGUUCUAUUUUUUUAGUUCCUGCUGAUUGAUAUUGCCAUCUGUUAUUUGUUUUAUUAUUUUAAUUUUUAUUAUAAUAUAAGUUAUACAAAGAGUAACACAAUUAGUAUUACUGUUACUUGUCAUUCUUCUAGUUACUUAACUUUGCUAUUGUAUGAAAAGUAUUGCAUAUUUAAAGAUAAAAACCAUAUUAUUCUAC